AUCUCGCAUGUGACUCUCUCUCUCUCUCUGCAUGUCAAUAUCGGGAUCAGCAGUGACUGCAUUGUGAUGUGCAGCGCUGGAUUGCAUAGGAAAGUUAAAACAUUGCUUGUCGUUUGAACUGAAGACAGGAUCCUUCGCGUUUUUUUACUGCGUUGUGUUGCAAACAUGAUGAUGUCUAUGCACUUCACGGUCUCCAGCAGAGUCACGUUACUCUUUGAGUUCUGGGACGUGAACGGACCUGCAGGGAUGGUGGUGUCUGUGCUGGUGGUCCUGCUCAUGACGGUGUUUUAUGAGCUCCUGAAGAUCUGGAAGGUUUCCCUGGACUCCAGAUCCAAGCCUCCCUCACUCCUGGACUCCAGCAGCCGCACGACGCUGGUGGAAACCGUCUCGGAGAGCUCUGUGCCCCCCGCUCCUCCACAACACAGCUCCAGCAACAAGAGGUGGUUCCUGUUCCACGUCUUGCAGACUGCGAUCCACGUGGUCCAGGUGGUGCUCAGCUACAUGCUGAUGCUCUGCAUCAUGUCCUACAGCGUGUGGAUCUUCCUGGGCGUGGUGCUGGGCUCUGCGAUCGGCUACUUCGUGGCGUACCCCCUGCUCAUCCGGCUCUGAGGGGGUUCAGCUGCUGGCUGUGCUAUUCAAAGAGACACACACUAGUCCAGCGGUUUCUCUGAGAGCGUUUGCAUGCAUCGCUGUGCCAGCGCAAGGUGUUCUGGAGAAGGGAGGUCUCUGCCCAUGUGUCUCGCUGUUGGGCCAGUUCCGUGAUGCCUUAACUUUGUGGGUGUUUUUUAAUCUGUUAGCUGUUCAGGUUAUAGAGCAGUGUGUUUACUUUAAAACAUGGAUUUUAUCUUUUUUUUUAUGAAUAUUAACACAGCGGUCCAAACAUGGCUGCGUGCUCGCUUGGAGAACUCUCUGUUUGACUGUUUGUUUGUACUUCCUGGAAAAAAAACAAACAAAACUGUAACCUUUCAAGUUUGUUAGCUCCGCCUCCUUCUGUCCACUGCAGUGCAAUCUGCCUGAACUUUACAGAGCCAGCCCAGUCCUCAGAUUGAAGUCAGUGCUACCUUUGAUCAUUUUAGUAUUACCUAAUUCUUUUUUUUUUAAAUCUAAUUCUGGUACUACUUAUUUUUAACCCACAGUAUCUGUGCUUUAUAAUCACUUGUCCCAUUUCCAAAAAUAAGUUUUCUACAUUUAGAAUGAGGUACGGUAGACCUGUAGAUCGCAUUUUUAGCUGCAGCACAAAAGCGAAGACGCUCUUACUGUGUUUUUUUAAUGUGAUAAUGACUUCCACUACGAUUGAAUGAAAGUGGUGAUGUGAACCUGUCCUGUGAGUGGACCGCUGGUCCUGAGUGGGUGAAAGUCUCACCUGUGUGCUUCUGCUGUGUGUUUCCCUGAAGGGCUGAACAGAAUACAGCUGCCUGUCCAUGUUUCAUUAAGAUCUUGCAUUGUGUGUAAAUGUAUGUUUAAAUUGAAAUAUGUAUGGAAUUUAGAAUAAUGAUCAAAUAAAAUCAUGUUUAUAAGAAAUGUUGCCUAUGAUAAGAAAAUGUACAGCUUAUUUAAAAUGGCUGUGUUUGUAAUGGUUUUUAAAAAACUGCCUUGCUAUACCAGAUGGCUAUAGCUGUGAGCUGUGU